AGGAGGCACAGACGUGGAGACUUCACUCACAGGUGUUCCCCUCCCCAGAUGGCGAUGACCCCCAAGCCGGCCGGACCCCCGGACGGGGGCUGGGGCUGGGUGGUGGCGGCCGCAGCCUUCGCGGUGAACGGGCUCUCCUACGGGCUGUUACGCUCCCUGGGCCUUGUCCUGCCUGACCUCGCGGAGCAUUUUGACCGAAACGCUCAGGACACUGCGUGGGUCAGCGCCCUGGCCCUGGCCGUGCAGCAGGCAGCCAGCCCAGUGGGCAGCGCCCUGAGCACCCGCUGGGGGGCGCGCCCGGUGGUGAUGGCUGGGGGCGUCCUCACGUCCGUGGGCUUCGUCUUCUCGGCUUUCGCCGGCAGUCUCCUGCACCUCUACCUGGGCCUGGGCCUCCUUGCUGGCUGCGGCUGGGCCCUCGUGUUCGCCCCUGCCCUCGGUACCCUCUCCCGUUACUUCUCCCGCCGUCGAGUCCUGGCCGUGGGGCUGGCACUCACUGGCAACGGGGCUUCCUCGCUGCUCCUAGCGCCCACUUUGCAGCUCCUCCUUGAUACUUUCGGCUGGCGGGGCGCCCUGCUCCUCCUUGGCGCCAUCACCCUCCACCUCACCCCCUGUGGCGCCCUGUUGCGUCCCUUGGCGCUCCUUGGCGACCCCCCGGCCCCGCCCCGCGGACCCCUCGCUGCCCUUGGCCUGGGCCUCUUCACACGCCGGGCCUUCUUAGUUUUUGCUCUGGGCACGGCCCUGGUGGGGGGCGGGUACUUCAUCCCUUACGUGCACUUGGCUCCUCACGCUUUAGACCGGGGCUUGGCGGGGUACGGAGCAGCGUUGGUGGUGGCAGUGGCUGCGGUGGGGGAUGCGGGAGCUCGGCUGGUCUGCGGGUGGCUGGCAGACCAAGGCUGGGUGCCCCUCCCGCGGCUGCUGGCGGUCUUCGGGGCUCUGACAGGGCUGGGGCUGCUGGCGGUGGGACUGGUGCCCGCUGUGGGGAGCCCCGAGGGCUGGGGGGGCCCCCUGUUGGCCGCGGCUGGGGCCUACGGACUGAGCGCUGGAAGUUAUGCCCCGCUGGUUUUCGGCGUGCUCCCGGGGCUAGUGGGCAUCGGAGGUGUCGUACAAGCCACCGGGCUGGUGAUGAUGCUGAUGAGCCUCGGGGGGCUUCUAGGACCUCCCCUGUCAGGCUUCCUGCGGGAUGAGACAGGAGACUUCACGGCCUCCUUCCUCGUGUGCAGCUCUUUCAUCCUUACUGGCAGCUUCGUCUAUAUGGGGCUGCCCACGGCGCUGCCCUCCUGCCGUCCAGCCUCCCGCCCAGGCACCCCUCCCCCUGAGAGAGGGGAGCUGCUCCCUGUUCCUCAGGUUGCCCUUCUCACCCCAGGAGGCCCUCAGCCUACUCCAGACACCACCUGUUGACCAUUUUCUUGUUGGAGUCCCUCCUCCAAUAAAGAAUUUCUAUCUGGUUUUCCUGCAAGUUCCAAUUGUUAGUCAACCUAGUAUGCUAAAAACAUUCUACUUAAGAGAGCCAAAAGGCUGCUUGAAAGGAACAGGAUCCCACUAGGCUUUGGGGGGAGGUGGGGUGUCUGUCCAACCAAUCCAUUACUCUUUGCCUGACUUGUCAUCACAACCUGGAAUCUUUGAGAAGUUGUCUGCCUGUCAGUUGAAGUUUGUUGCUGGGGUUGGGGUGGGGCACUGUGGGUGCCUGUUCCCCACCCUCAUUUCCCUCACCUGAGCAUCCAGAUCACCCAAAUAACUCUUUCCAGCAUUUUGCUUAUUCAGCUGGCUGGAGGGGAAUACAAAUAUCCUAGACCCACACUUCAGCUAUGUCAACUUUAGCUCCCCUUGCCCAAACUAGGCACCAUUCUUGUGAUUUCUUUUCUAAGUCACAGGGCAUAGUAGGAAAGAGAGAGGUUAGUGGACAAGUGGGAGGAAAUGUGGUCCAGAGAAUAGACUCAGGCUUCAAAUGACCCCAUUUUGUCAACCCAAGCAUAUGGGCCCCAGCUCUUUUUGAGGUUCUGAGUACUGUCCAGUUUUCUUAUUCAGCUUUAUCUCAAAGGGGCAUCCCUCUUUCCCAAACAUCUGUCUUCAGAGAAGAAACUCAGCAGGCAACACUGAAGAUCGUAUGUAAAACAUGAGAAGUCUCUUGGCCUUUGAUUUUCAUGAUUGAUUCACAGCUCAGUGGAGCAAACUAAACUCCUGAAUCCUUCAGAAGAGGUUGUGGCAACAAAGAAGAGAUAGGAGCCCUCAACAAAAUACCAAGGGUUGGCAUAUACACUGCAGGAGCUCCAAGCCUGCUCUGGGGAGGCAGAUCAAGAUGCUUAAGGCACUGUGGUUUCAUGGGCACUAAGAUGCAGUAGGAGUAGAAGACGUAGAGCUGCUAAACUCUGGCCUUCUUGGUCAGACUGCCCCUUCUUGGAGUUCAGUCCUCUCCCGGCCCUUCCUUGGGCAAGGGGACUUUGGUAUCCAGUGCAUCCGUUACAAGAUUCUGGGGUUUGGAGGUAGGAGCUGAGAAGCAGAAGAAGUGGGGCAGGGUGAUGAGAACUCCACUCCCUGCAAGAAGAAAGGCCCCAGCCACUACAAAAGAAGCGGUGUAGUUGCCUGUCACAUCUCGGAGGUAGCCUAGAUACAAGAAAAAAAAAAAAUACCUGGGUGAUGUUUGCCAGCACUAUAAAUCAGACAUAUUUUUGGUUGGAGGGAUCAAAAUAAUCUAUAACCCAUCAUCUUGGAAGAAUUGAGUGCCAAGGUAGGAUGGUGCCAAGGAUGGUGAGCUUGAGAACUCUGGUUUCCAAAGAGACCUCCAAAGGUCAUCUCAAUCACCUUCCUGCCUUCAGAAAGGACCUCCAAACCAGCCAGUGAAGAUCUGAGGAUCCAGAUAGUGUCUUUUCGGCAACUGUGGCCUUCCUGCCUACAUCUUCAGUUAAUAGUUAAGAGGGAAAUGUUAAGGAUUUGAAAGUCUGGCAUCCAGAACUGGGAGAACUUUGACCAGAUGACUCAGACACCAGGGUUACGGGCCCCGACGGCCAAGGGAAAAGGUAGACACUGGCAUGCUGGUCUGGUUGGGUCCUCUGAAAACCCAAGCUGUGGGUACCCUGCUGAGGGUAGGAAGCUUCUCAGUCUUUCUGGUGUGUGCCAGUUUCUUCCUGCCUUGGACUCGUUUUGAGGCUGCUAUGAUUGGCCGUGCUGGCCCUGCAGUGUACUGAACCACAGGACAAUAUUUACAUAUAAUGUGAAUAGUCCCCUCCCCUGCAGCCCAGACCCACAGAGAAACUCUGUUCCCCUUACCUGACAGAGGAGCCCCCAGCAGCCCCCCGAUGCUCUCUACCAUCUGUACCAGUCCCAGGCCACAGUAUAUCCUUCCAGUCCCCACCAGUUCAGGCAGCACGGAGAAGGCCACUGGGGUCAGGGCCCCUGAUGCGAAGCCAUAAGCCACAGCCAGAGUCACCAGAGCUGUGGGAGCCUGAGCCACAGAGAACAGGGCUAGUGACACCCCAGUCAGGGUGGUCCAGAACAUCAAAAGACGUGCCACCGGCCCUGGGAUGGCAUCCCCUAGCCACCCGGAGACCACACGCCCCACGAGGUCAGAAAUAGCAGCCACCGAGAGUACAGAGGCAGCAGACAGUGGGUUCCAAUCCAGGUCCCGGAGAUGAGCCACCAGGUGCACAUAGGGAAUAAAAUAGCCAGUGUUGAUCAGGGUGAGGGCCACAGUGUAACGGAGAAAGGGGCCAUGAUGGAGGAGGGAGAUGAGUUGGGCCCCAGGGCCACCCACAGCAGGGUCCUCAGUCAGGGAGAGUGGGCGGAGGAGAGCACCACAAGCCACCAGGUGGAGGGAGAGGGCAGACACCAACAAUA